AUGCUCAUCGGUGGCACGUUGAAGGACAAGAAGCAACUUGGUGCCCUCGCCAAAUUAGCCAGGACGUCGGGCCGUCUCUGCUCUUUUUACGAGCAGCAACUUUACAAAGGAAAGAACUGCAGCAACAUGAUACGCGCUUUUAUGUGGGGAGCGAGUAUGGGUUCUAUUCCUGUCAUGAAAACCGCAAACGGAUGGGGCGCAGACCUCGACACCCGGACCGAUCUUGACUGCCACAGCCCUUACGCUCCUUGCCGCAACACGAAGGGUACAGCAUUACAGUUGACCAUCAGAGUAAAGCAGAACGACGCCAUGCAGUGGCUAUUGAAGCAGGGCGUUCUAGUGGAUGUGCCUAAUAAGCCGGCCCGCAACAUGUGCCAGUGCGAUGGGGGCUGGGACAGACGUGAGAUCUGGGCUUCCACUCUUCACAUCGCUAUUUGCACUGGAAAUCUGAACGCGGUCAAGUCACUACUCCGGGUUUGGCGCGAAGGAGUAGCGGCGUUGGAGUACUCUCAAAAGUUCGACCAUGAUCUCAUCUUGCACACGGCAGUGUGCCAGGCAUUCCGUUACCACAGCGUCGAAAUUCUAGAUUUCGUACUCAAAAACGUCAUGAUCCGCAAGUCAAUCGACGGAUUCAAGCCCAACUCUCAGGGGGGUUGUACGCCUCUCGCGAUGGCCUUGCUCCGUGGUGGCGCAUAUUACGCGCAUUGCAGCACGAAGAGCAUUCUUGCCUCUUUGGUCAAGGCAGGUGCAAGCUUGGGACCAUACCCUCCCGCCUCCUACCGGGCUGGCAUAUCCCCUCUCAUGGACGAGAUUGAGCGAGGACACCUACGAACGAACGCGAGAUACCUGCUCCAACUGGGUUGUGAUCCAAACGGCGACCGACCUGAUCCAGUCACUCAAGACUGGGAAAGCCCACUGCACGUCUAUAUCAUCCCGCAACACGAGAAUAGAUCUUUCCGCCCGCCUCAUGUACCAUCCAUCCUGCCACAGUGGCAGGGUCAAAGCCGCCGCGAGAUAAAAGCCUUCAUCGUUGUACUUCUUAAGUACGGGGCGUCCCUCGACAUCACCGAUUCCGACGGAUACUCUCCUCUGGACAAUGUGCUCAGCUACAUGGAGCCAUUUCUCACGCCUGGUUUCAGAAUCCUUGGCUUCAAGUUUGUGAAGUUCUUGCUAGCAAAUGUUACGGAUAAGGGCAUCUCGGAGCAAUCCAUGAGAAGAGCGGAGGACGUUAUGGCGACGAUGAUUCAGGACUUGCGGGCUGAGCAUGCGACACACGACCUGUCCUACGAUUACGAAGGUCCACUCCAAGAACACCAUUUGGGAGUCUGGGGUGAGGAGGAAGUGGUUGAAGAGGAACCUGCGCCAAUCCUUUUUGGGAUGGCAUUCAUGGACGCGUGA